AUGAUUUUGGGUAACAUCUUCGGUUGCUUGAAUUGCGUGUUAUAUUCGUCGUAACUGUAUUGAUGUAUGUUUAGUACAUAACUGGAUUAUAAAAAUCUCAACGCUUACUGAAAUUUUAACGACACCCUUUUCGAUAUAUGACGUGAAGACAAUUUCUAGAAAGACCAGGAUGCUGUGAUGUGACCAUGUCCGGGAUUUCUGAUAACGGAGACACUUCAUCUCCACCUGCUAAUGAUUUGUACACGCCGAAAAACAACGCAGAUAAGGUAGAAUUGCCGUAUGCUGUGGUUCCUGUGAAUUCUGAAGAAGCGCUUGCAGUCGAGGAAGGCCACGGGGAUCUCACCGUCAGUGGGCCGGCCAUGUACCACCAACCGGACCAAGUGGGGAAGUUGGCGACGGGUCAGGACGAGAUGGACGCCCUAACCGGGCGGCCUGUGUCCCGUCACGGCACAGUGGCUGGGAGCUACAGCCGGCAGCAUUGCCACAACGCCAUUGAGUACGAGCUGCACAAGCUGGACACGCAAGAGGACGAUGAAGAAGCUGCAGAGAACAGGGCCAAGAUCAUCCGGGAAAUGCCGGCCACAUUACACAAGAAGAGGGAGUUACGAAACCAGUAUGGCAGACGGAAGGUCAAAGCGGUGUCGGGAUGGAAAUCUUUCAAGUACAACACAGCACUGAAAUGGAAACGCUUCAAAGAGAAGAUGUACGAUUUGGUGUUGACAUUUGAAGUAUGGCGAGCCUCUUUGAAAGAGGUCGAAGGCAAGUUUGGCACGGCAGUCGUCUCCUACUUUGUCUUCCUCAAGUGGAUGCUGUUUCUCAACAUCUACAUCUUCAUCCUCAUGUUUGGCUUUGUGGUCAUUCCGCAGUUCAUCCUUGGCGGGGGAUACUUAGAGUCCACUACGUGUGAAAGUGAGUACAGCAGCAGUGUGGACCAAGCAUGUAACACUGGAGAUACCGGCCAAUGUAUUAUCGACUUCAUCGGUGGAACAGGUUGGAUGGAGAAGACAGAGUUGUUCUACGGUGACUACCCACCAUCAUUUAGUAACAGCAACAGCUCGGAUCUCACCAUUUUCCUGGAUAACGUGUACAUUCUCCCUCUAGCCUAUCUGCUGACGACAAUUGCUUACUUCCUGCUAUCACUUCUGCUGAUGGUGCAGUACACCGCUCGUGGCUUCAAGGAGAGCCUGGGUAACAAGGAGGAUUAUCAUUUCAAGUAUUGCAACAAGGUCUUUGCAGCGUGGGACUUCUCGCUGACAGACGAGAAAAAUGCCUACCUAAAGCAUCGCAGCAUCCACUACAUAUUCCAGACUGAUCUUGAGGAAGCAAGGCAGAAGCUUGUACGAGCUAACAGGACCACAUUGACGAAAUGCAAACUAUACAUACUACGUCUCCUCCUCAAUCUCAUAGUCAUAGCCAUACUGGGUGGCGCAGGCUAUCUUAUCUACUAUACCACCAGCCUGUCCGUUCUGCACUCCAACAUGCCCAUCACAGACAAUGCCUUUGGAAGCCUCCUGAUUGGCUACCUUCCGUCCAUCACCAUCACCAUACUCAAUGGCCUGGUGCCCAUGAUCUUCAAUAUUGUGGUGCGGUUCGAGGACUACAGUCCUCAGUUUGAGAUCAGCAUGACCCUGGUCAGGACCGUGUUCCUGCGUCUGGCAUCCUUGGCCGUCCUGUUCUUCUCUCUAUUUCCGCAGAUCAUCUGCGACGAAACGGCUCAGGAUACCUGCGGCGUCUGCAGCCAAGGCAACCUGAAGUGUUGGGAGACCUACGUGGGCCAGGAAUUCUACAAACUCUCCAUCACAGACUUUGCCGCCGUCACGCUGGUGGUGCUACUUUGGGAAUUCCCUCGCAAAAUCGCAGCCAAGUAUCUGCACUUUGGCUUAGUCCAAACCUUGGCCAAAAUGGAGUUUGAGAUUCCCAAGAAUGUUCUGGCCAUCGUGUACUCCCAGGCUCUCUGUUGGAUUGGAUCAUUCUACUGCCCGUUCCUGCCAGCUAUCAGCCUGUUCAAGUGCCUAAUCUUCUUCUAUCUCAAGAAGUGGAGCCUGCUGUACAACAUGGUGCCGUCCUCACGGCCGUUCCGUGCCUCACGGUCAGGCAUCUUCUUCAUGGUCAUUCUGCUGAUCACAUUCAUGGGCUGCAUCAUACCGGUUGGAUAUUCAAUCGGAGCCAUUGAGCCUUCCCGGGGGUGUGGGCCGUUCCGCGGCCAAUCCACCAUGUGGGGGGUCAUCACCACCACCAUCGAGCAGUUCAACAACUUCUUUGAGGAAAUCUUCAAGUUCUUGGGCUCAGCAUCUUUUGUUGUGCCUUUCAUUGUCAUUCUCUUGCUGAUACUGUAUUACUACCACGCCAUUGCCUCCGCCCACAAUGAGCUCGUGAACCGGCUGAAAGAGCAGCUUGUGAUGGAGGGACGCGACAAGCACUUCUUGCUGACGCGACUGCAUGAGCUGGAACCCAACACCAAGGGGCACAAGAAGCGCAGUGUCCUGCCCAAGAAAACUGAGACUCACCCUCCAAAGCACCCCUCUCAGGCCUGGUCCGGAGGCGGACCCAUGGAAGCUCACCCCUUCUCCACCUAGUCCUGAAAAAUUGUUUCCUUUAAAAAAAUCCCCUUCACUAUAGACCACUUCCAAAUUGAAAAAUGUCUUUUAAAAUCAUACAGUUGUAAGUUGCCAGAGCCACUUUUUUGAAUGAAAGGUUCGGUCCAUUAUUUAGAGUUAAGUAAAUAGUAACUGCCGACUUAUAGUGGAGGAGCAUACUUGGUUUAAACUCCCAGUGAAUAAGUUCUUCCUGGAAAGCUCUCAUUUUGAAGAAAGCAAUGAUGGGUCAUUUCAAGCUAUGAAUCUAAAGAUGCGUUUUUGGAUGAGUGUCAUUACUAGAGGAAUGCACAAGCAUUGACACAGCACGUGGUCAAGACGCUGAAUUCAGGCAUCAUUCAAAACACGACUCAGCAAUGUUUGAUCUGAAUUGAAAUCCUAGAGUAUUGUUUUUCCUCAGAAUGUCCCGAAUUCACUGAGCUGAAACUUCAUCAGGUUUGCUCCUAGGCACUCUUCUUUAGAUUUGGAGUAAUUUUGUUGCCUCAAAGGAGCAUAAUGCACAAAUGACAAAUGAUGGACUGUACCUUUAAGGCCUUUAAAAACACUAGUAGACAAUUGGCAGGAACCUCCAACAUUACUCACCCACAUAAGUGUCCAUUUUCAUUAGGAUGCCAAGUGAAGUGAUACAUCAAAACAGAGAGCUCAGUUUGCUAUAAUGCAGACUAAAAUAAAUUACUGAGAGAAGUGGCCAUAAGACUUAUUUUGUGGGAUGCAAUCACAAAUUGUAGGUCAGAUUUUAUCACAUACCACAUUCAUCCAGAUUGGAAGUGCUGCUGUUGCUGAAAUUUGUGAAACAUAGAAUGCUUUUUAGUAAUUUGUAGUUUUUGGUUCAAAACACUGAUAAACUGCACAUAGAAUUUACGUUUUAUUCAUUCACUGUAACCUCAUUCAACAAAGCCCAGCCUGCAGAGUUCCUGUGAUAAUGUUUUCCUUUGAAUGAAAAAGAAAGCCAGUCAUUGCUGAUAUAUUUCAAAAGAAGCAAAAUUGUUCAAUUGUUAUGCUUUAAACUUGAGUGACAGAUGUCACAAGUGAAAUGUCAAAUGUUUACGUGCAUGCAUUGUUUAUUUAUUUGUGUAUAAAAUUAUCAGGAAGUUAGUGAAGUGUGAGCUUCCCCUUAGAGAUGAUACGUCCUGCAGGUGCCUGCCCACCGUAAACCUUUAGGCUAAAUGACACGUCUUCCUCAUCCAUGUCCAUCUGUGUAGCUCUAGUCCCACAUUUUGAAGUGUGCACAUUUCAAAAUGUAGAUGCUAGAUAAACAAUUUGUCACCCAACAACCGUGUAUCCCACCUCUCAAAUUAAAAACUUUAAACACAGGCAUUGCUUAAUAUCAGCGAAAGUCAUUUUGCUUUGAAAACAAAUUAAAAGUAAAAUCAGCAGUUGACAUUUAGAUACUUAAUGAGUGACUUGUCAAACAUACUGGUAUUUUUUUUUCAUUUUUACUUUGGAAAUGUCUCAUUUUUCAUAAAUUAUUGUUACUCUUGUGAUGUGUACCUUUUUCAACGAAAGAAGCCUUUGUAAAUAAAAAAAAUCUCAAUUUGUUUAUUUUGAUAAUAAUGUCAAGAAAAUGUCCGCCUUGUAAAAUAAUAUAGAUUUGGAUGACUUAUUUGUAUAAAUUGUUUAUAGUUUUCAGAAAUAUU